AUGGCGGAGCGCGGCUGCCCGGUCAUCUUCCCGGACGAGCGCAACUUCCGCCCGUUCACGGCCGAGUCGCUGGCGGCCAUCGAGCGGCGGCGCGCGGCGCAGGCCCGGGCGCGGCGGGGGUCCAGGGCGCACGCCGGCCCCGAGCGCCCCGCGCCCGCCCGGCCGCAGCUCGACCUCAAGGCCUCGCGGCGGCUGCCCAGGCUCUACGGCGACGUCCCCAGCCAGCUGGUGGCCAGGCCGCUGGAGGACCUGGACCCCUUCUACCGCACGCACCAGACGUUCAUGGUGCUGAACAAGAAGAGGACGAUCUACCGCUUCAGCGCCAAGCGGGCCUUGUUUAUCCUGGGCCCGUUCCACCCCAUCCGGAGCCUUGCCAUCCAGAUCUCCGUGCACUCGUUGUUCAGCAUGUUCAUCAUCUGCACGGUGAUCGUCAACUGUGUGUUCAUGGCUCGCUCCAAAAACUCCAAUAUUGCUGAAUACAUUUUCACCGGGAUUUACAUUCUGGAAGCCAUAAUAAAGAUACUGGCCAGAGGUUUUAUCCUGGAUGAGUUCUCGUUCCUCAGAGACCCUUGGAACUGGUUGGAUUCCUUUGUCAUCGGAACGGCGAUCGCAGCCUCACAGACUCCCGUGUCCUCUAUCCGUACCUUCCGCGUGUUCAGAGCCUUGAAGGCCAUUUCCGUAGUGUCAGGCCUGAAGGUCAUUGUGGGAGCCUUGCUGCGCUCGGUGAAGAAGCUGGUCGAUGUGAUGGUGCUCACCUUGUUCUGUCUGAGCAUCUUCGCUCUGGUGGGCCAGCAGCUGUUCAUGGGAAACCUGAACCAGAAGUGUGUCAAGGAUAGCUGUGCGGGCACCACCGACUGGGCCACCAACGAGACUUGCUUUGAAAAAGAAAAUGACAAAGAAUUCAUAAUGUGUGGCAUGUGGGUUGGUAGCAGAUCUUGUCCCAAUAACUCUAAAUGCAACAAAACUCGAGUGAAUCCUGACCAUGGCUUCACGAACUUUGACAACUUUGGCUGGUCUUUUCUUGCCAUGUUCCGGCUCAUGACCCAGGAUUCUUGGGAGAAACUGUACCGACAGACGCUGCGCACGUCCGGGCUGUAUUACGUGUUCUUCUUCGUGAUGGUCAUCCUGCUGGGCUCCUUCUACCUGCUCAACCUCACCCUGGCUGUGGUCACCAUGGCGUAUGAGGAGCAGAACCACAACGUGGCCGCCGAGACCCAGGCCAAGGAGAGGAUGUUCCAGGAGGCCCAGCAGCUGCUGCGGGAGGAGAAGGAGGCGCUGGUCGCCAUGGGCAUGGACCGGACGUCGCUGAACUCCCUACAAGCCUCAUCCUUUUCCCCCACGAAAAGGAAGUUCUUCGGCAAGAAGCAAAGGCAAUCGUUCUUGUUAAGGAAAUCCAGGAAAGACCCCUCUCCAGGGUCAGAUUCCGAUGAAGAAUCUACCAGAAAUCCACGCCUUCUCCAGCAAACCAAACGUCUGUCCCAGACUGUGCCCGUGGAUCUGUUUGAUGAGCAUGCCGACCCUCUGCAGAGACAGAGGGCGCUGAGCGCCGUGAGCAUUCUCACCAUCACCAUGCAAGAAAAAGAAAAAUCCCAGGAGCCUUGUCUCCCCUGUGGGGAAAACAUGGCGUCCAGAUACCUGGUGUGGAACUGCAGCCCACACUGGGUGUGCAUCAAGAAGGGGCUGCGACUGGUCAUGAUGGACCCCUUCACCGAACUGGCCAUCACCAUCUGCAUCAUCACCAACACCGUCUUCCUAGCCAUGGAGUACCACCAGAUGCCGGAGGAGCUGCACACCAUCCUGAGAACGGGCAACUGGGUUUUCACUGGCAUUUUCAUCGCCGAGAUGUUCCUGAAGAUCAUAGCACUCGAUCCCUACCACUACUUCCGCCAUGGCUGGAACAUCUUCGAUUUCAUCGUUGCUCUUCUGAGCUUUGUCGACGUCAUGAUCAACCUCUCCAACCAGCACUGGUCUUUCUUUCGCUCCUUCAGAGUGCUGCGGGUCUUCAAGCUGGCCAAGUCCUGGCCCACCCUGAACACACUCAUCAAGAUCAUCGGCCACUCGGUGGGCGCGCUGGGCAACCUGACGGUGGUGCUGGCCAUCGUGGUGUUUAUCUUCGCCGUGGUGGGCAUGCAGCUCUUCGGCAAUACUUUCUGUGCCAAGAAGAACGUGACGAUGUGCAGAGCGGAGGAGCGCCUGUGCGCCCGGCGCUGGCACAUGGGUGACUUCUACCACUCCUUCCUGGUGGUGUUCCGCAUCCUGUGUGGGGAGUGGAUCGAGAACAUGUGGGAAUGCAUGAACACCGCGCGGUGGACGCUGUGCAUCAUUGUCUUCCUGUCCAUCAUGGUGAUCGGGAAGCUUGUGGUGCUCAACCUCUUCAUCGCCUUGCUGCUCAACUCCUUCAGCAACGAGGAGAGAGACGGAAACCCGGGCGGCGAGGGCAGGCAAACCAAGGUCCAGCUGGCCAUGGUGCGCUUCCAGAAGGCCUUUGCCUUUCUGCUCCGAACUCUCCAGCGUAUCUGCUGCCAGGCACGCAGGAGGCAAGAAGGGACGAUGGAAAACUAUGCUGCCGAGAACAAAGACAUGAAUCCUUUGGUCACUGAGAUGAAAACGGGAGGAUUCAAGUCCUGGGAGGAGCUGGAUGGGCUCAAACCAGCCCGGAAGACUUCUGGCCCGGGGCACGAUCGGAUCCCACUGGCCCCACUGGCAGAGGAAGAAUCGGAUGUGGAAGAUUUGGAUGAGGAUAAUGCCUUGCCCACCACUCCACCCAGGGCUGAAAGACAGGUCUGUGGUCCUUCUCAGGAGACCAAAAUAUCCACCAGCCCAGGAGAACUGGCGGUGGAAAUUGAAGUGUUUCCCGAAGAAGACACUACUUUGGCCAUACAGAAUCCACGGAAGAAGUCGGACGCGGGCAGCAUGCUCUCGGAGUGCAGCACUGUGGACCUGCACCAUGGCCCGGGGUCCCUGGACGGUGACACCCCCCCCAGAAAGCAGCCCGAGCGCUGUCUGCCCACAG